AUGCUCAGCAGCGCAUCCCGCUGGCUUCUGGCCAAAGCCCUCCCCAGCCUCGACCACGAAGAGAAGGGCCUCCCUCCCGUGUCACGCCGAGGAACCUUCGACUCUACCGCCAGCGCAAACAGGCCCCUCACCAUCAUCACGACCGACGAAAACGCCCUCGUGCCCCAUCGAGACAAACUCCUCGUCUUUCGCUCCCUCACCGGCAUCGACACCGUACCCACAGUCUCCAACGACGGCCAUGCCGAACGUGCCGCACCCAACUUGGGCAUCUACCCUCGUGUUAUCAAGGCCGAGAGAAAAGCAGCCCGCGGUUUCAAAUUGUACAACAUCAUCGUCAACGUUUGCCUCGGUACGCAAAUCGUUGUUGCGGCGUCGCUGACGGCUCUCGGUGCCGCCGACGGUUCUCGAGUCGCCGUUACUGCCUUUGGAGCCAUUAAUACCAUUAUUGCCGGGUUUCUGACGUAUCUAAAGGGGUCGGGCAUGCCGCAGCGUUUAAAGUUUAUUCAGGAUGAGUUCAAGGCCGUGCGGGAGCACAUCGAGCAGCGCGAGCGGGAGUUUUGUCUGGCUGAUUGUCCGCUGGACCCCGUUGUUGAGGCGGCCGUCAUUGAUGAGAUGUAUCAGGACGCAAAGCAGGAUCUGGAGGGGAAGAAUAAGUCAUCUGGGGGGAGGCAGGCAGAGAGAAGUGGGCGUAGAAAGGAGCCGGGGAUGAUAGCAUCGUCUCUGGGACAGAGAUUGUCCAAGCUGUCCGAGUCGACUGGUUCGAUUAAAGUGCCGGGGCUGGAGAAGACUUAA